AAUUUAGUAAUAAAAGAUAAGUUGGACUGUGAUCUUUAUGUACUUAACUCAUGUUGUAUUUUCCUUUUACAGACGGAACAAGUCACAUUUAUGUGGGUAAUUUUUACAAUGAUCGUCUUCGGCAACAGUUAUGUUUUAGUAACAUUGUUACUAUCAAAAAACAGAAAAUCAAGGAUGAAUUUCUUUAUCAUACAUUUAGCUUUAGCAGACUUGUCCGUUGGAUUGAUCCAGGUUCUGGCGGAUGUUAUUUGGAGGAUGACAGUGGACUUUCAUGGAGGGAAGGUUGUCUGUAAACUUGUCCGCUAUUUACAGGUGAUGGUAACCUACUCCUCAACCUAUAUGCUAGUAGCUCUGAGUAUUGAUCGUUAUGAUGCCAUUACCCACCCCAUGAAGUUUCGAGGGAGCUGGAAACGAGCAAGGAUUCUGGUGAUGUUAGCUUGGGGUUUAAGCAUGUUAGCCUCUAUCCCAGCAAUUUUUCUAAAUGAAGACUUGUUAAUUAAAGGUCGUGUGCAAUGUUGGAUUGACCUCAACCCGUGGCAGUGGAAGACUUAUCUAAUGCUGGUAGCGAUGUCUUUAUUCUUUCUGCCUGCCUUAAUUAUCUCUACUUGCUACACUGUGAUCGUGUAUACCAUUUGGUCUAAGAGCAAAGAUAUGGGAUACCCGAAAAUCCAGAGCAGUUCCGUUCUUUCCAAAGAUAGCACAGUCCGACAGAAGGCUUCCAUUGACAGCGAUAGUGACAACAGAAGAGCGAGUUCUAGAGGAAUAAUUCCAAAGGCAAAAAUCAAAUCUGUAAAGAUGACUCUUGUGAUUGUAUUUGUAUUCAUACUUUGCUGGAGCCCAUACUUCAUAUAUGACUUACUUCAAGUAUACGGAUUCAUUCCCAUCAACCAGACACUGAUUGCUAUCUCAACGUUCAUUCAGGCGUUAGCUCCCCUGAACAGCGCUGCCAAUCCCAUUAUUUACUGUUUAUUCUCCACUCCUCCGUGUAAGAAUUUCAAGAAACUGGAGAAAAAUUCCACCGUAAACAAGGGCAAAAACAAAUCAGUUCACUUGUUUACGACGGUCCCUGCCGAUUCGAGAAGGCAACAUGGUAAGACUCAUACAUGACUGGAUAUCAUCAGGGAUUGGAUGUGCAGGUGACACCGAGGGAAAGUCUCUACAAACGAGAAAGAGAGAUUCUCCUUUCCUUUAAAACUCCAUAAACGUGAAAUUGAUAUUUUUGAUCCUAUAAUGAUGAAGAAAUUGGAAAUUUAUGGUUAGUCGUUCCCAUGCGACUGUUUCAAUCAAAUAACUAAAAGUGAUUUGGAGUUAUCAGAAUGGAAACUGGAGAGCUGAUAUCAUGAAAAAUGCUAUUGUCGACCAAUAUAGCCCCCCCCCCCAGUGGUUCAGCAAUAAACUUAAAGCCUUGUAAUGCUAACAUUUGGGGCUGUGGAGCAGCACAGAUUGUCUAUUGUACAGCUUGGGACUUAAAUUAUUUGUAAUUAUUAAACAACUAGUAGAGAUAUUAGAAAGCUUUAUUAACAUAAAUGUGUCUUAGGUGUUCAAAAGAUGUCUGCGGUUAUUUUAAUCAAUAGUUGAGGUAUUUUAUGAAACGCAUAUCUGACAGGUAGCAUAUCAAAUCUCAAUCAAUAACAAAAGGAAAUCCUCAAUAGCCGCGGCUAUAAUUAGAUCUGAAAUCGGUCAAUAGAUGGAGCUAUGAGCUAAAGGUUUGU